GCGAACAGGGAGCUAGCAGCACAGAGGGAGGAGACACGCUCAGACCCAGCCUCUCUGUGUGUGUAUGUGUUAGUGUGUUAAACUGCGUGUGUGUGUAUGUGUGUGAGGCUGUGAGUGUGUGCCUGUCGCAGACUAGCAGGCAGGAACACUGCUGCACUCUUGUUUCAGCACACUUUUUCCCUUUAACCUUGCCUUGCCUCGGUUGCUGAGCUCAGGCUUUGUUUGCUCCUUCACUUCAGGACAAAGGGGGAUCACCGUGGGGGAAUAGGAGACAACACACGGCAGCUUUUCACUCCUUUCCUUCCUCCUUACUCUCUCGUAGUCGCUGCUGACAGCUCCCGGCGGGCGGACGUGCAGGCAGGAUGAUAGCGGCUCAGCUUCUGGCCUACUACUUCACUGAGUUGAAGGAUGAUCAACUCAAGAAGAUUGAUAAGUACCUGUACUCCAUGCGCUUCUCCGACGAGACGCUGAAAGAUGUCAUGAACCGUUUCCGCAGGGAGAUAGAGAACGGGCUCGGCCGAGACACCAACCCCACCGCCACUCUCAAGAUGCUGCCCACCUUUGUCAGGUCCAUCCCUGACGGAUCAGAAAAAGGAGACUUCAUCGCUCUGGAUCUUGGGGGAUCAAAUUUCAGGAUCCUGCGUGUUAAAGUGACACGAGACAAGAAGCAGCCGGUUCAAAUGGAGAGCCAGGUUUAUGACACACCUGAUGACAUCAUCCAUGGUAGCGGCUCACGGCUCUUCGACCAUGUCGCAGAUUGCCUGGGAGAUUUCAUGGAGAAGCAACAGAUCAAGGAUAAAAAGCUUCCAGUAGGAUUUACGUUCUCCUUCCCCUGUGCCCAGACUAAACUAGACGAGGCCGUCUUAGUGACAUGGACAAAAAAGUUUAAAGCCAGCGGUGUAGAAGGCAUGGAUGUUGUGAAACUGCUGAACAAGGCAAUCAAGAAACGAGGGGAUUAUGAGGCAGACAUCAUGGCCGUGGUGAAUGACACAGUUGGCACCAUGAUGACCUGCGGAUUUGACGAUCAGCGCUGUGAAGUCGGCAUCAUUAUUGGUACAGGGACAAAUGCGUGCUACAUGGAGGAGCUGCGUCACAUCGACCUGGUGGAAGGAGAUGAAGGCCGAAUGUGCAUCAACACCGAGUGGGGGGCCUUCGGGGAUAACGGCUCCCUGGAAGACAUUCGAACAGAGUUUGACCGUGAGAUCGACAGAGGCUCUAUGAACCCAGGGAAGCAGCUUUUUGAAAAGAUGGCCAGUGGGAUGUAUAUGGGAGAGCUAGUUCGACUCAUUCUGGUCAAGAUGGCCAAAGAGGGACUGCUGUUUGAGGGACGGAUAACUCCUGAGCUCCUGACGAAAGGAAAGAUUGAGACAAAACAUGUUUCUGCCAUUGAAAAGACUAAAGAAGGGCUGAAGAAAUGUAUGGAAAUCCUGACAAGGCUCGGAGUGGAGCCUUCAAAUGAAGACUGUCUGGCUGUGCAGCAUGUGUGCACCAUUGUGUCCUUUCGCUCAGCAAACCUCGUCGCUGCAACGCUAGGAGGAAUCCUCUCCCGCCUAAAGGAAAACAAAGGAGUCGCACGCCUCCGUACCACUGUGGGCAUCGACGGGUCUCUGUACAAGAUGCACCCUCAAUACGCACGCCGUCUGCACAAGACAGUGCGUCGCCUGGUCCCAGACUCAGAUGUCCGCUUCCUGCUGUCCGAGAGUGGGAGUGCCAAAGGGGCAGCCAUGGUGACAGCAGUGGCGUACCGUUUGACGGAGCAGGCGCGCCAGAUUCAGCAGACUAUGGCGGAAUUCAGGCUGAGCAAAGCGCAGCUUUUAGAAGUGAAGAAACGCAUGAGGGUGGAGAUCGAGAAAGGCCUGAAGAAGGACACCCACAAGGAAGCUACAGUCAAAAUGCUGCCUACCUUUGUGAGGAGUACACCAGAUGGAACAGAGAAUGGAGACUUCCUUGCUCUGGACCUCGGGGGAACAAACUUCCGCGUGCUUCUGGUAAAGAUCCGCAGUGGCAAAAGGCGAACAGUUGAGAUGCAUAACAAAAUCUAUGCCAUUCCCAUCGAAGUCAUGCAGGGCACUGGAGAAGAGCUUUUCGACCACAUCGUGUACUGCAUCUCUGACUUCCUGGACUACAUGGGAAUGAAAAGUGCUCGACUGCCGCUGGGUUUCACCUUCUCCUUCCCAUGCCAUCAGACCAGCUUGGACGCAGGUAUCCUAGUAACCUGGACCAAAGGCUUUAAGGCCACAGACUGUGAGGGCGAGGAUGUGGUCGAGCUUCUCCGGGACGCCAUCAAGAGGAAAGAGGAAUUUGAGCUGGAUGUGGUUGCCAUCGUAAACGACACAGUGGGUACGAUGAUGACUUGUGCAUAUGAGGAACCAACCUGCGAGGUGGGGCUGAUAGCAGGUACGGGUAGUAAUGCUUGUUACAUGGAAGAGGCUAAGAACAUUGAGAUAGUAGAAGGAAACGAGGGCCGUAUGUGUGUUAAUAUGGAGUGGGGGGCGUUUGGAGACAACGGCUGCCUGGAUGAUAUCAGAACAAAGUACGACCAGGCAGUUGAUGAGAACUCACUCAACGAAGGCAAACAAAGAUAUGAGAAGAUGUGCAGCGGUAUGUACCUUGGAGAGAUAGUCAGACAGAUUUUGAUUGAUCUGACCAAGCGUGGUUACCUCUUCCGUGGACAAAUCUCAGAGACGCUGAAAACCAGAGGCAUCUUUGAGACAAAGUUCCUGUCCCAGAUAGAGAGCGAUCGUCUGGCACUGCUGCAGGUCAGGGCGAUCCUGCAGCAGCUGGGGCUUGACAGCACCUGUGAUGACAGUAUUAUCGUCAAGGAGGUGUGCGGCACGGUGUCCCGCCGCGCGGCUCAGAUCUGUGGAGCCGGGAUGGCUGCUGUGGUGGACAAGAUCCGUGAGAACAGAGGAUUAGACCACCUGGAUAUCACCGUGGGCGUAGACGGCACGCUCUACAAGUUGCACCCACACUUCUCUAGGAUCUUUCAGCAGACAGUGAAGGAACUUGCCCCGAAAUGUGACGUGAAUUUUCUGCUGUCCGAGGAUGGCAGCGGGAAGGGGGCCGCACUCAUCACCGCUGUGGGCUGCCGCCAGAGAGAGCUGGAGGCGCAGCAGCACUGAGGAGCUCCGUACCAUCUGUCCUCGAGAAACUUCCUGCUGCUCCACCAUGACCUUCACCCGCCGCACUGCCCGACUCCACCCACCCACUUGGCAGCCGUGACUCCAACUCCGCCCCACCUCGCUCCAGCCCCCCGACACAGGCAGAGACAUACUGCAUGUAUAGGGAAUUAAUAUCUAAUAUUUAUUUAUACUACAGAUGGUUUAUUAUUUGAAUGUUUGUACAUUUCCUCAAUAGCUUGUCAAUAAUCUGAUAAAACUAAACUCCUUAGCUGUGCAAUAUUUGUGUAUUGCUAAUUUUAUUUUUAUAUGAAGGCAAAUAUAUAAUUGUAUUUAUAUAGCUGCGGCCACUUUGAAUCCCAGAGGUCAUUAGGUAUUUGCAACACAGACACAAGAUAGAUAGGCACUUUUUAUAUGAGAGUUACAACUGCAGCAGUUAAACUUCAUGGUCAUGACAUGAAACACAUCUUUACAGACGCCUUCGGCUCAGAAAAACGGUUCCAAAAGGGCUUGCUGCAUAGGGUUGAAUGCAAGAGUCACGGCUGUUAAAAUCACCCGCAUUUUCUGUGCAACUUGUUCACACAAUGUGUUUGGCUUCUAAUCCCUUUCAGUGUAACUAUCAGUGUAACUCACAUAAGAAUUCCAGCAGCACCAUCCCAUUUUUUCCCGAAGAGCCGAGAGUGUAGAAAAGGCCCGAAGUGGAAGUGUUAGCGUAUCAUGUUACUAUUUGUGAACUACUAUACAUUUGGUGUUGUGAUGAAUUCCAUUUUUGCUCAUUGUAUAUGCAAAGAAUAAAUGUUUAUUGGGCCCCAAGAGAAGAGUGGAUACUACGAGCGCUUCUGUGUGUAUUUGUGGCAGCGUGUUAGUGUGUCCUACUGUUUCAACCUGUAGCUUUCAAUGUCCAAAGCUUUGUGGAGACUGCAUGCCUUACAUUAAGACAAAGGAAAGCACUGGAUCUUUUUCUUUUUGUUCUCGCUCUUUUUUUUUUCUUUUUUUUU